UUCAUACAAUAAACAUAAUGAUUUGAGUUUUACCUCUUAAUCGACUGCAUACAAACGUCAAAGAAAAGCCUUCACAAUUAAAGAAGGAACAAAUAGCUUCAUUAACAUUCUUGCACACUCUUAAAAAUGAGUUUAAGCUCAUGGUACACACAAGCAAAAUUCCAAAAUGGCAAAACGGUGAAGCUUUCUGCAGAAAUGCCGGGCUGUGUGAUUCUUCUCUACAGUAGCAGAGAUUGCUCAAACCACAGCUAAGCACAAGAGUAUAGUGAAUGUCCUAUGUCCAGAACGUUUGCCUAGAAGAAACCCUGAAUAUGUGUGCUGUUGAUAGAAUCUUUUAUGACAGUGGCAUUCUGUUUCUUAUGUUACCAGGGCAAUAGAAUUAUGAUACUGUGACAUCAUAACAUCAAAAUCAAAUCAAAAACUAUUUAAGUGUGGGAUGUCCCAUUAUCCACCAGUGUUUGUGCUGGAGAUCAUCUGUAUUGAGCUAUUCUAUUUUCUGCUUUUAAUUGUGUCAUUUCAAUUGUGUAAUUGAUUUUUUUUUUCAUCCUGAUGGAGAACUGUUGGAAAUUUUUAAGGAAACGUAGAAGGCCUGAAAGGAAAGUCACUUUGGCCAUUUUGGGGCUUGAUAAUGCGGGGAAAACUUCAACAAUCAGAAGCAUUCAAGGAGAAAACCCAGAAGACGUAUGGCCUACCGUGGGAUUUUGCCCCGUGAGCCUGAAACAGGGGCAGUAUGACGUGUCCAUCUUUGACCUGGGCGGGGGGGAGCACAUGCGUGACAUGUGGAAGCACUACUUCGCCGAGUGUCACGGCUUGAUGUUUGUGGUGGACUCCAGCGACGGCCAGCGCAUGAAGGAAACCGAGGACACGCUGGCCAAGGUUCUGAGCCACCCCCUCAUCAAGGGGAAGCCGCUUCUCCUCCUGGCAAACAAACAGGACAGAGAAGAAGCCCUGCGGGAGGCAGAUAUUGUAGAUCACCUGUCCCUGGAGACACUCGUGAAGCAGAACAAAUGCCGCUGUAAAGUAGUGCCGUAUUCUGCUGUGAUGACCGUUGGCAAGAAGGCCAUUGAGGAUGGACUGGAGUGGCUUCUGGAGUCUGUGGGCACAGCCUAUGACAACAUCAAUGGGCGCGUGCAGAAGGACACGGCCAAGCAGAGGGUGCAGGAGGAGAAGUUCAGGAGAGAGCGGGCAGAGAGGGUGCGCAAGGUUCGAGAGGAGAGGGAAAGGAGACAGCAGGAGGAGGCUGAGCGGGAAGAGGCUAAGACUGCAGAGCUGGAUCAGGGGGAGAAGGGCACCAUGGGAAACCCUGUCCAGCCAUUUGGAGACUUCAUCCCAGAGAUGAAGACAAUGAAGAAGACAGAGAGCAAGAAGGACAGUGACCAAGCAGACCACAGCCCAAAGAGGAAGAGGAAGCUGAGCUUCUGGAGGAAAAAUAAUAGAGUGGCACCUCUGACUCCAGAUGGCCCCGCCAAAACACGCGGCUGCCUCAAGAGCUGGUUUGGCUGGCUCAAGCACAAUGUGGUGACGCCACAGUGACAGGGCUCCUCCCCCACCCCCCAAGAGCUCUGCCAUAGAGAAGCAAAACAGCCAUUACCAUGUUUCCACACAACUAUACUGUUUAUGUAAUCUUUUUUUGCUUUGAGAAUUUGACCAUCCAAUUUGAAGUGUUUAUAAGUGUUUAAGAGUUUUUAAUUUAUGCUACUACUAACCCUACUAACACUACUACCACUACUGCUACUACUACUGCCA